UAAUGUCAUUGGCCCGCCGGUAUUGUCGUUAAUAUUUUCUGUGUACGUCAAGAGGUGUUUUUAAACUACAAUACAAUAUAAACAAUAUUGUUUAUUAAUAGAAAAAAUGGCAUUUACUCUCUGGACUCUAUUCGAAGCUUCCCUUUUGUGCCUUAAUGCUAUUUGUGUACUACACGAGGAAAGGUUUCUAAUAAAAAUUGGAUGGGGAGCUAGACAAAAUAUUCAAGGAUUUGGUGAAUCUCCUACAAUAAAAUCACAAAUGUUAAAUUUAGUCCGAUCUAUCAGAACGGUGGCGAGGUUUCCGUUAAUAUUUCUCAACAUAUUAACUAUAGUGGUGAAAAUGAUACUUGGAUGAUGAAUAAUACUUCUUUCAAAUUAAUGUAAGCUAUCAAAUCUUUAUAUUUAUUGUAAACGAAUUUACGUAAUUUAAAAUAAAAUAAACCGAAUUUUUCUACUUGAAA